AUGUCCCGUUCAGCCGCAGUGGACACCCUUCCACCGACAGCGCGUUCAAUCGCGCUACUAAUAGCAUCGACCCCGGGUGUCCAGGAUGCCCAGCCUGGAGUUCUGCACCAAUUACUCGAGUUUGCGCACAGAUAUACCUCACAAAUCAUCACAGAUGGCAUGGUUUACGCGGAGCAUGCGGGGCGGUCGGGAAAGCUCGACAUGGACGAUGUGAUGCUGGCUGUCCAAGCCAGAGUUGGCUGGGAAUUUGGUGGGAGGAUACCGAAAGAGCACACACUUUCUUUGGCUACCCACACAAACGCUUUACCCUUACCAGCCGUUCCGGAAGUCUUUGGCGUACGGCUCCCACCCCCCUCAGAUUGCCUCACCGCAGUAGACUUCGACUUAGUUCCAAACAAACCACCGCCAGGCGUCAAACUCUACGAUGAGGAAGUCGAGGAGAUCGAAGAGUCCGAGUCUGAGGAGGAAGAAUACAUCGAGCCCGCCCCGAUACCGCAGCGGAGUCUGCCGCAAUCCUCUGCCACACCCAUGCCGAUAGACCACGUACGCGAAGAAGCACCGUUCCCUAUCAGCGCGAUUGCAACGCCGUCCGAUAGGGACAUGAUAGGGACGCCUGGUGCUAUGGGGGCUACGCAGACGACUGUCGGAGACGGGGGUAGCGAUAUUGAAGACGAAGACGGCUUGUUUGCGGGAGGGGACGAAGAUGAGGAGAGUGAUGCUGCCAUGGAGGAAGUACAAACUGGUCUUGCAACCAAUGGUGUUAAACGAAAGCUCGUCGAAGAAGACGAUUACGACUAG